GAAUAGAAAAAAGGACUGGAAAAUAUAACAAGGUUGGAGGAGAAGGAGGGAGCAGACACAGCAAAAGGGAAUUCCUGCCUCUCUGGAAUCCCCAAGAAUGGGUCAUCAGUUUCAGUACUUCCACCAUCUUCAAACAACCCUAAACACUAAACCUCUCUUCUCUUACUCUUCCCACCACCCAAUCCCCAUCACUUGCUUCUCUCACCGUCCCAACCUCACUCUCUCCUUCCCUCCUUCCCUCUCUACCUACCAAAACCCCUCUACCAAACCCACUAAACCCCUCCGCCUCUCUCUCCCCUCCGCCCUCCGAUCUCGCUUUGUCUGCAAAUCCAGCGGCUCAGAAUUUGAUAUCCUAUCACAGCCAGAAGAGAGAAGAAGACCUCACAGACGCGCCAAUGGAAUCUUCUGGAUUUUACUUGUUAACAUUGGGAUAUACUUGGCUGAUCAUAUUUUUCAGGUUCGCGCAGUUAAAAUGCUCUACUUGUAUCACAGUUACCCUGAAUGGUACCAGUUUCUAACUGCAACAUUCUGCCAUGCUAAUUGGAACCAUCUUUCGAGCAAUCUUUUCUUCUUGUACAUUUUCGGCAAGCUAGUUGAAGAAGACGAAGGGAAUCUCGCGCUGUGGCUUUCUUAUAUUCUUACAGGUGUUGGAGCAAAUCUUGUUUCAUGGCUUGUUUUACCAACAAAUGCAGUUUCUAUUGGAGCUUCUGGUGCCGUCUUUGGACUGUUUACUAUCAGUGUCCUUGUAAAGAUGUCCUGGGACUGGAGGAAGAUCCUUGAAGUUCUUAUAUUGGGCCAGUUUGUCAUAGACAAGGUUAUGGAAGCAGCCCAAGCUUCUACAGGAUUAGCUGUCCGCGGAGGCUCCUCUUUGAUGAAUGUCAAUCACAUUGCACAUCUCUCGGGUGCUCUUGUUGGCGUGGUUCUAGUUUGGCUCCUUGGUAGAAUUCCUUCUGAACCUCCAGAACAAGAAGGAUUGGAUUUGAAAAAGUAAUAGGCAGAGAUCAAUCAUAAGGGGAGUACGUCUGGAACUGAUGUGCCACUAAUGCACCACUAUCUUUUGUAUUCUAAUUUUUGGUGAUCAUAAGAUCAUUUGUAUAUGGUUCUGAUACUAAUUGAUUCAAAAGAAAAGAGAGAAAUAGCCCAAUUGGGGUU